AUGGCUAUCAGAGUUCGAUCGAAAUACCUCGAUGUUGAAGGGAAGUGUACUCGAAUAACUAUAUCUGAUAUCUCAUCUUUAGAUGGUCAUACCCUAAUUCCUCGGGAGGGCGAUACACCAUAUGAGAAAUAUAUUCUUUCGAUGGAUAAGGAAUUACCCUCGACUACAUUUUGUAGGAAAUGUACCGACCUCUUUGAAAAUCUUACGAAAGAUCAUGCGUAUUGUUUAAAUCAAGCUGAACAGACAAAAGAUGAUGUCGAAGUAUCAAGAUGUCUAAAAAACGGUGCCCGCUCUGUCCAAGAUGCCUUGUCUGAAUUUACAGAGUUUAUUACUUCGAAAUUCGAAGAAUUCGAAGAUGCUCAAGAGCAUUUGAUUGAUAAUAUCCAAAGAAGCACUUCAUUAAUUAUCAAUGGAUCUACUAGACUCAGUGAACAGGAAAAGAAAGAUUUGGUAGAUUAUUGGCAGACUACGAAUCGGUUCUGCACCAAGAUGGCAAAUCAGUAUAUGGUUUGGCUUAUGAUUCAGAACAGGAUGUCGAAAGUGGAAAGAACUGGUUGA